AUGCGACGCGGCUCCUGUAAGGGUACAAGACAGGCGCACGAGGGGUCUGGAUCUCGAUUCUUGUCUGCAAACCCCAGGGGCAACCGCCCAUGCCCGCGGUGCCUCCUUGGCGGGACCGCAUGGCAGCUGCACACCACCACCCAGAUGCCCUCCCCGCACCCAAAGUAG